CGCUGAAGUCGACGCACGCCUCUCGUUUUCGCGCGCUUCGUUCACAUUUCGUAGAGCAGCAGCGAAUAUCUUUCAGUUAUAUUAAUAGAAUUUACACACACACAUACACGUACAUACACAUACACACACACACACACACAAAUGCCAUAUUGAAUGUGACACACACAAACACACACACACAUAGAAACGCCUGCAAAUUGAAAUUGAUAACAAAAUAUAUAUAUUCAAUAUAUAUAAAUUAAAGUUAUUGAGUGUAAAAUCUGUAAAAUGGUGUAAGCGAUGCACAAAUUGCAAUUGCAAAGCGAAAGAAAAAAAAAUCUGUGAAUAUUAGCUUAUCAACAAAUUAAAGCGUAUACGCAACGUGUUGCCGAUACGACAACGUCAACAACGGCAACAACAGCAACGGCAGAAAAACAACAAAACAAACAAAACACGUCAGCUCAUCUUUCUUUCUUUCUUUGGUUUUUCAUUCGUCAUGCUUAACGCUUCAAGCUGUCUCCGUCGCACGCGCGCGGUUUAACGGUUAAACGCGGCCUACGACAACAAACAAACAAACAAACAAACGCAAGCAAACAACAACAAAGUCAAAGCAAAGACGAAGAAGAAGCAGCAGCAACAGCAGACGCAGUAAAUCACCCCUCGGGUAAAAAAGCAAAAAAAAAAAAAAAACAAAUCAAAGAAACGAAACCACAAUUGAAUCAGCAAAAGCAAAAGGCAUAUCAGCAAAAUAAAUGAAAGUAAAACGACCACAAAACUAAAACCAAAUAUUUUGGAGUAUUUUACACGCAACCAAACCACAAACAACAAACAUAUGGAUAAACGAAACGCGAAAUCAACAUAAUUACAACGAAGAUCGAAAUCGAAAUCGAAAUCAAAUCAAUGAGAAUGUUGCAAGCCAUUGUAUGCAAAUUGCGGGCAGCCAAAAGCCAUUGAGGCAACCACGUCAUCAUCAGCGUAACCAGGACACUCAUACGCAGUGUGGGACGGGACAUGGCACGUCUAUUUGUCUAGCAGCAAAACAAAUAGUUCAUGUAGCACACACACACACAGACACACAUGCGAACCAGAAGUGGCAGUGGCAACAACGGAACCAGGCCACAAACGAGUCGAGUUGAGUUGAGUCGAGUUGAGUUGUGGCAAGGCAAAGCGAGGCAACGCUGAGACGUUGCACAGCCAACGGACACGCCGGAACAAGGACAACAUUUAAGCCAGCUUUUUGUAUGCGUUGCGUCAAGGACAUUCGUACACACACACUGAGCAUAUAAAAUAAACAUCGACAUCAAUCAAGUGCCACGAAAUAUUCACAAUAUUAUUCCCCCAUGUAGUGUGUCUGCAAUAAUCAUAAGUAGCAGCAUUCGAAGGAUACGCAGCGCAAGGAAUACACAGCAUACGCAACAGCAACGUUGCCAGGAUGGCGCGACGCAAGGGCAGCGGACGUGGCAAAUCCACAGUGAAUUCGCGUAAAAACGCGCUAGAAACGUCGCGAGAGAAAUUAAAAGAUGAGAGCGUGGCAAACACAUCGCAGGCGAGCAAAUUUGAUGAUACUAUGGAAAAUGCAACAACAAAGCAUUACAAAACGACAACAGCAAACAGUAAACAAUACAAGAGCAACAAUAAAGUGAGCAGCACACGACGUGCCACAGCAACAGCAGCAGCCGCCACAGCAGCAGCAGCAUCAGCAGCGGCAACAACAGCAACAACCACAACAACAACUAAGAAGCAAACAUAUCGCAACAGUAGCAACAGCAGCGAAAUUGCAGCCAAAACAAACAGUAACAAGGUCAACAAUAAAACAGCAACAAUCACAGCAGCAACAGUUGCUGCAACAACAGCAGCGACAACAACAGCAACCAGUACAAGCACACGAGAUAAACUCAACGAGUUGCCAGCUCAAGUUGUCGACAGCAACAACAGCAGCAGCAACCACAACAACAAUAAUAACAGCAACAAUAAUAACAACAACAACAACCACCACAGUGAUAAUAGUAUUAGUGAGAAUAAUUAUGAAUUUAAGGGUAGAGAUAAAGCGAACCUAAGUGAUAGCAAAAUGACGCUACAACAUGUGGCAAGCAGCGCAGCAGCAGCUGUGGACACAACCACAAAUCAUGUGGUUGCCGGCAACGGUGCAACAAUGGCAACCGGCGUUGCCAGCAGCGAUGAGGCAACCACAGCGGCAACAAUUGCCGAUUGGACGAACACAACAAACUUGCGUUAUCUGCACAAGAAGUUCAAACGCUUGGCCAGCACCACCGAGGCAGAGGCUGUCGAUGCGGUGCGCACCACAUCGUUGUCCUCGAACAGUUCCCUAUCGCCACCGCCGCCAGCAGCAACCAUAGCCGCCAUAGCACCAACUGCGACUGCGGCGCCAACAGUGUCAGUGCCAUUGCUCAAUGGGCAUGAAUUCAGUGCCAGCAACAACAGCCAUGAGGAGAGCAACAACAACCACAACAACAACAACAAUAACAACAGCAGCAGUAAGCAUGUCGCUGCUGCGCCAAGAACGCGCACACCUCUCAGCAUCAGCAACAGCAAUAGCAACAACAAUAGCAACAGCAACUAUGCCAGCAAUGCAACAUUGUCGCCAGCAACAUUCGCACAGCAUCAGCAAUCGACACAGCCAACAUUACCAACAACAGCAACAGCAGCAACCACAACGGCAACAAUUGCCACAGCUGCCGCCGUGCAGCAACAGCAAGCUAUAGCAACAGCUGCUGCUGUUGCUGCUACAAGCAAUUCACCUGCCGAGAAACCAGGACGCUACGUUUGUCCCUAUUGCAACAUGAGCUGUGCCAAGCCAUCGGUGUUGCAGAAGCACAUUCGUGCCCACACCAACGAACGUCCGUAUCCCUGCGACACCUGCGGCAUUGCCUUCAAGACCAAGAGCAAUCUCUACAAGCAUUGUCGCUCCCGCUCCCAUGCGUCACGCAUGCGCGGCUUCGAUGUGCCUGCCAAUGAGGCGGAUGGUCUGUCGGAUCAGGAUGGCGAUGGCGAACUGAGCAACAGCAGCUCCGAGCUUCUAAGUGUCGAAAUUCUGAGUCGUGCAGAGUCGCCCUACGACGAGCCGAUGGCGUCGCCAACGCCAUCGCCCUCAACGCUGUCGGCGGCAAAGAGCGCAUACUUGCAACAGCCACCGUUGCCGCAGCACAUGCAACAAUUGCCGCUAGGCUCGCCGGCAGCUGGCACGUUGCCACCGCCAACAGCAGAUACGUUGCACUCGGCGACGGCGCAGCAUCGUCAGUCGAUUGAUUACAAGCCAUACAAGCCCAAGUUUCACAAUGCAGCGUUGUAUGCGCCUGGCAGCAGCAGCAAGGAACAGCAAGUGCAACUGCAAGUGCUGCAGCAGCAGCAACAGCAACAUCAGCAGCAACAACACCAGCAGCAGCAGCAACAGUUACUGCAACAGCAGCAGCAGCAACAAAAGUUAUUGUCCCAACAACAACAGCAGCUGCAGCAGCAGCAGCAGCCAACGUUGACGCAUCCAACGCUGUCGCCGAGCACACAGCUAAAGCUGAACAAUCACAUCAAUUCGCAUCAGAUGCAACUGCAGCUGCAGCAUCAGCAACAACAACAGCAGCAGCAACAUCUGCACACACAGCAAUCAUUGCUGCUGGCAGCAGCCGCCAACCCGGCGGCAUUAAGUGCAUUGCCGCCACCGCCAGCGAUGCCCACGAGUGUUUACUUCUUGGGGCAGCCACAAUAUUUCAAUCCAGCAACGGCAGCAAUGCAUCAACAGGCGCUUGCCUUUCACCAAAUGCAGUUCCAGCAGCACUUGCAGUUACAACAGCAGCAGCAGCAGCAACAACAACAGCAGCAACAACAUUCUCCGCUGUUGAAGGCGCCUACGCAUCAGCCGCCACCGCAGCCACAACCGCAGCCCAUGCAACAGCCACAAAUGCCACAACCACAGCAGCUGAUGCGUUCAACCAGUCAACAGACGCCUGCAGCAGCAGCGUCGUUGCCGGCACCUGCCACGCCCACGCCUGCAGCCAAUCUGAGCAGUUUUGCCAGCGCCAGCGGAGGCAUGCAAGUGAAUGUGGAAAAGGUGCAAGAGCACAUCUCGAAAUUGAUCUCACAGAACGAGGCUAUAGUGGAGAAUAAGGAGAUUUUGCUGCAGAAGAAAUAUCCCAAGCAGCUGAAUCGUUCGCGCAGCUUCAACAAUGCCAACAACAGCAACAGCAAUGCCAGCAGCAGUAACAGCAGCAGCAACAUCAUCAACAACAUCAGCAGUAAUAGCAACAAUCAAGCGCAGUUGGGCGAAACAAAAGUGAAUCUAGCACAGGCCAUAGUGCAAAAACAGCAGCAACAGCAGCUGCAACAACAACAACAGCAGCAGCAGCAGUUGCUGCAACAGCAGCAAUACCAGUUGUACAUGCAGCAACAGCAGCAGCAACAACAGCACAUGGAACCUGUGAAUGGUUUGCUGAAACGCAGCAGCUCCCUCACACCCUAUGCGCUUAAGUCCACACCCACAGUGCCGCCCACGACCAACAAGCUGCAGCAACAGUUGCCGCCGCCACCGUCGCCAUUGCCGCUGCAAACGCUGCAAUAUCGUCAGGAUCCAGCGACGCCGGUGCCCAAGUUGGAGCAGCAGCCACAGCAGGGGACGCCGAAUCAUGUGCAGCCACUGAAUCUAUCCGCGAAACCCAAACCUGUGGCGCCCCCUAAGCAACCAACGGCAACAUCAGCAACUGUCGCAGCCACCGCAGCAGCAGCGCCAAGUUUGCCGCCAACCGCAGCGAAGAGCACCGCAAACGCCAUGCAACAGCCAAACAAUUCGAUUAUCAAGAAUCUGCUGCUGAAUGCUCGAGGUCUGGCGGUGCCAAUUGGCGAGGGCGACGAUGCCGUCUACUCGUGUCCCAUUUGUGCCAACGAAUUUCGCAGCCCCGACGAACUGAAGCUCCACAACAGCACCUACUGCCAGGAUGCGAGCAGCAGUGCGCCAAUGAGUCCCGCUUCAUCGCCGAGCAGCAAAUACUUUCGCUCCAAUUCCAUAUCGUUCAGUUUGCCCGAACUCAAAUCGCACAUGGCCAACUCGAAGAAUCCUCUGUCGCUGGCGAAGCUCGCUUGGUCGCAGCUCAAGACGAAGCCCAGCAGUUUGGUGUUGAGUCGCUUGAGCGCAGCUCAGUCGCCUGCACGCACCUCCACAGUCACCGCCAGCAGCAGUAGCAGCAGCAGCAGCAACCAUAACAACAGCAGCAGCAACCACAACAGCAGCAGCCACAAUGUGCCGCCCACAAUUGAUGCGAGCAACGUUGCCUUGCGCUUUGUGGACGCUCCGUUGCCAUCGCCUGGUCCGCUGCUGGGCAAGACGCCGCUGGUGGAUUAUGCUGCCCCCCGCAAGACGCAGGACACACAGGUGGUCAUCACCAAAAUGCACGAAGAUCGUGUGGAGAACAUUAUUGUGGAGACGCCCGCCAAGCGUGCGAAGCUGCAGGCGAAUAAUGAUGUGGCCAGUGGAAGUGGCAGCAACAACUCGGCUUUUGCGCUGCCCGCAACUGCACAGUUGCAACUGUUUGGCGGCAACCACGAAUUGCAAUCAAACAGCAGCAACAUUACCGGCAACUACAGCGCUAAGGAGGAGCGUCUGCGUCGCUUCACCUCCUCGGGCGGCACCAUGAUACCGAUCUCGGAGUGUCCCGAGCUCAACAACAGCCCGAAGAUGAUACGCACUCCGCUGCUCUCCGGCGGAAGCUUCCAGGAGAUGUCGCCACGUCUGGCCGAUGGCAAGGACCGUAAACUGUCGACACCCAGCAAUGGUUUUCUACUCAACACCGGAGCUGGAGCAGCCUCGACGGCACCGCAGCACUUUCAGUUUCCGCCCAUCAAUUCAAUCACCGCCUUCAAUCCAUUGACUCUUCCGCCCAUGAGCAGCAACAGCAACAAUCCGGUGGAAUCCAACAAGGCCAUUCCCUAUGUGCCUGGCAUUCCAGGACCCGGCAGCCUGUCGCUGUUGCCCCCUCCACAGCAGUUGCAACUGCCAAGCACUGGACGUGGUCGCAGCCCCAAUCGCAAGCAACCCAGUCCGAACCUGUUGCCGGAUGCUCCCCUCAAGGCGUUGUCACCGUUUGGAGGCGUCCAGAAUCUACCCAGCGAGUUCAGUCGCCAGCCACCGACGCCGGCGCAACGCAAUGCGCUGCAGUGGAACAGCAACAAGGCAGCAGCAGCAGCCGCAGCUCCAACAGCUGCCGCAAAGCAACCUUUCAAUUUUCUGCGCAUGGCGGACAAUGUGAAGGCAACGCCGGAGCAAGCUGCCAUCGCUGUGCCUGAGGUGCGACACUUUAACUUUGACAAUGUGCACAAGACACAGCAGAACCAGCAGCAACAGCAGGAGGCGCUGGCGCCGCUGCACGUGGACACGCCCGAGGAGUCAACCAGCGCUGCCAACAACAACACCUCGACCAGCACUGGAGCCAAAUCAAAGUUUCUGCGUCCCACUAGUCUGCCUUUGAAGCCGGGCACCUUUACGCCAAAGCGUCAUCAUGGCAUCACACCGACAGCGAAUACGCUGCCCCUGAUCUCACCGGAAACACCGCGUCCCUCGAAGUCGUGUGUGCAGCUGUAUCUCAAUGGACACGCCUACACGUAUCUGGGUCUCAAGUGCAGCACCAAGAUGUUCUACUGCACCGUCAACUGUCCGCAGCCUUCGUAUGUCGCUGGGAUGCACAAGUUGUCCAUGUACAGCGUGUGGCAGGUCUGUGAGGAGAAUCAACCGCAUCCGUUGGGUUUCAAGCCCAAACAGGUGAUGGCGUUGUAUGAUUCACGACAGAAGCUCCUGGGUAGCAGCUCUUCCAUGGCCAUGGCCGGAGCUGGCAAGAUGCUCUAUUCGGUGGUCAGUUCACAGCAGACUGUCAGCACUUGUUCCACCACAGCAAAUGGGCAGAGCAAGUUCUAUCAGCAUCAGUUGAAGCAGGCGGCGCCAGCGAUUGCCACGUUGAGCGAGGCGAAUGUCGCUGCCAAGGCGAGCGAAGAGGCGGCUGCCAAGAAACUGGAGACGGGACAAUUGCUAGUCGGUGGCUACGAGUCGCAUGAGGAUUACACGUACAUUCGUGGACGUGGUCGCGGUCGUUACGUCUGCUCCGAGUGCGGCAUUCGCUGCAAGAAGCCAUCGAUGCUCAAGAAGCACAUUCGCACGCACACCGAUGUGCGUCCCUUCACCUGCAGCCACUGCAACUUCAGCUUCAAGACGAAAGGCAAUCUCACCAAGCACAUGCAGUCAAAGACGCACUUCAAGAAAUGCAUUGAGCUGGGCAUCAAUCCGGGUCCGAUGCCCGCCGAUGGUGAAUUCCUCGAUGUCGAUGUGGAAUUCGAUCAGCAAUCUUCGACAUCAGCGGGUGGACGCACUUCCUCCAUGGCCGGCGAAUCGGACUCUGAUGACUACAGCGACAACGAGUCCGAAAGCAGCGACACUGACGAGUCGAAGUCGCGGCAGAAGGAGCAUGAAGCAGCGCGUGGUCUACUCUCCUUAUCCAUGACACCGCCAAUACCGCAAAGUGUUUCUCCCUAUCCGGCACAGCUGCAGGACACGCCGGUGCCAGCCGCCAGUCCGGCCAACAGCAUUGGUUCCUCGGCGGGCAGCAGCAGCGCCGCAGGAAGCUCGCAACCGAAGCGUCUGGUCUGCUCGUUUACGUCACCAAAGCCGCCGUUUGACUACCAGAAGCAAGAACAGUAUUACUCCAAUCCGGAGGAGUCAAAGCCCAAGCGUGGCGUACCCAGUGACGAGAGCAGCGCACCCAUGGACCUAACCAAGCCACGAUCCGCAGCCACACCAAUUGUUGCUGCUGCCGUGGUGCCUGUUGCCACGCCCAUGGAACAAGUGUUGCCCAAGUCGCAGGCGCAGCAGAUGCGUGACGUCAUCUUUGGGGCGGGCAACAAUGAGUGCGGAUUCAUGAAGACACUGAUCUCGGUGUCGGACAAGGUGCGCAUCUCUGCCGAAAUGGAGGAGCAAGCGAAACGCGAAACCGAAGGCGGCGGCGAUGAUGUGCUGCUGCAGACCUACAUCAAGGAGCAGGCGCUGCAGUAUGCCAAGAUGAAGCAGAGCCAGUUCAGUCGCAGUUAUCUGGCCACGAGCAGUACAAACAGCGGCAGCAUCACAACAACCAGCUGCAGCAGCAGCAACACAACAAUGGUGAGCAGCAGUAGCGGAAGCAGUCAGCCAAAGCCAGCGUUGAUUAUCACCGAGCUGCCUAGCAUUGAGGUGCACGAGGUUAAGACACCCGAACCGGAGACGCCUCCAAUUAUGCCACUCAAGGCUGCUGCCAACGAGGAGGACGAAGCUGAGACGCCAGCGGACCAAGAGCAAAAGCCAGCUGUGGUCAGCACCGCAGCAAUUGUCUCGCAGCCAGAACCGCAGCCACAUGCGGCACACAAUGCCAAUCUGCCGGCUGCAGUCCAGCAACCGGAUGCCAACGACUUUAGCGGCGUGCUUAGCGGCAACAACAGCAACAACGCAACCUCAGCAGCAACUGCGCCAGCGGCACGAACUGUUAUUGUGGGCGAGGAUGGCUUCAAAACAACAACAGCGACACCAACGAGCAGCAGUGCAGCCACUGAACUACCCACAGCUGCCGUCUCUGUGGCCUCGGGCAGUUUUGCUGGUCGCGUUGGUCCACCGCCGCCGCCGCCGAUGGCGAGCGAUGCACGGCCCACGUGCAGCAUCUGCAACAAGCAGUUCCAGCGACAGCAUCAACUGACGCUGCACAUGAACAUUCACUACAUGGAGCGCAAGUUCAAGUGCGAGCCGUGCAGCAUCUCGUUUCGCACUCAGGGCCAUCUACAGAAGCACGAACGCUCCGAGGCGCACAAGAACAAGGUGAUGAUGACAUCGACAUUCGGUGUGCCCACGACAUCGAAUCCGCGUCCCUUCGAGUGCACGGAUUGCAAAAUCGCCUUUCGCAUCCACGGCCAUCUGGCCAAGCAUUUGCGCUCCAAGACGCAUGUGCAGAAGCUGGAGUGUCUGCAGAAGUUGCCAUUCGGCACCUAUGCGGAGAUUGAACGCGCUGGCAUCAGUUUAACUGAGAUCGAUACCAGCGACUGCGACAAUUCGCUGAUAUCGCUCAAGUUGCUGGCACAGAAGCUGCUCGAAAAGGAUCCCAACAAGCUGAGCAGCUACACAACGCCAUCGGGCAUGCUGCAGCUGGGCUCCGAUACUCCGGCUGCCGGUCAAGACAGCGCCUCGGAGGAUGGCUUCAGUGCAGCAAACAGCGCAGCAGCCUCGGCGAUUGCAUCGCUGGAUAACGACAGUGCUGGGAAUACGCCGCAACGUGCCAGCUCAAUGAGUGAGGAUGAGACUCUGGCCAAUGGACUAACACACAGUUUGAAGCGUCGACUGCCUGGCAGCAGUUUCAGCAGCAAUGGCGACGAGAGCGAUAAUCCGCUCGAAGGCGCCGAGAAACGGGCGCGCAGCAACACCAACGAACUCAAUAUGCCAUCGGCAGCGGCAGCAACAGCGGCAGCAGCAGCGGCGGCAGCAGCAGCCAGCAACUGACAGUACAUGUAUAUGCUGCAGCCCACCUGAGUGUGGCAAGGCGGCUGCUCAUCCUAUUCCUAUGCCUGGACGCAGCAGCAGCAGCAACAACAACAGCAGUUGAAACAGCAGCAACAGCAGCUAGAGCCACGGGCAACAGCAGCUGGCAAUGACCAAAACAUCAACGAGCGCAUAUCAAAUGUCUAAGCAUAUCGCAUUUGGGCACACACAACACUACACACACACACACUGAGGUAGAAAGAGGAAGAGAAGGUGUAAAGUGUAAUUCCUGGAAAUGAAAUUCCUGCUUAUGAAAUUGAUUAAGCUGUGCAGAUAUUUCCAAAACACUUUCAUCAACUCUGAGUUUGUGUGUGUGUGUGUAGACAAGUCAAGCAUAUGUACGAUCUACAUAUAUAAAUCUAUAUAUAUAUACAUCUAUAUAUAAAGCAACUACAAUUUGCAACCUAAGUAUUUAGUUUAGUUAUUGUCAAGUCUCAGCUACGAAAAGUUGUUCAACUCUAAUUUUAGUACACAUAUAUACCCUAUAUAUAUACACACAACUGUACAGCAGGUACCAUGUACGCUAGCUCUAGGCUUAAGCACUAUAUACAAGCACACACACAACAACAACAACAAGUAUAUAGUAACUAAUAUAGUAUAUAGCAUAAUAUAGAGAUAUAUUUAAUUUCUUCUUUUUUGAAACUCCUGAAGUGCUGUGAGUCGUGUUUGAGUCGUGUGUGUUAACAAUUAGUUUUUAAUUAAGGCCUAGCCCACCAGUUUCCUCCUCCUCCCCCUUUCCAAACAACAAAAACAAAUCGAAAAAACCAUUUUCCAAGUUCUUCCCAAUAAUUUGAAGUUUGUUAUCCACAAAAAACCAAAAAAAAAAUCAAAAACAAAACACUGGAGUUUAUGUUUUAAUUGCUUUUAAUGUUUAAUUCAUUUAGCUAAUGGAAAACAAAAAACAACGAGACCACGAGACUCUUUUUCAAUUGUUUGUUUGAAUUAAUUAUACUAUUUAAUUAGCGAAAGCAACUUGAAAAUCAAAUAAAACUUAAAAAAAAAAUAAAAGAAUUAUUAUUACCUUAUAAACUAAUUACAUAGCAUUAGAAAGCAUUAUGUUGUCAUAUAUACAUUAAG